GGAAGUUUCGACCAGAUGUGAAAACGGCGGCCGACAAACUUUUGGGAUUAGAACAGAAAACAGGCGGUAUACAAUUAACUCUAGGCUUGGAGUCCUCUGGUGCUGCUUCCUUGUUGAUCAGAGAUACUCAGUGCAUGGCUCUCGGUCUUCGUCUCCCUUCGAGUCCACGCCCCUUCUCACCACGCAACUUUGCCGCUCUAUCUCCAAUCUAUUUUCUAGAUCAGCAGUCGCUAAUCAGGUUCUUGGAAAAAAUCACUGCCAAGAAUUUCAAUAAGAGUGCAAGACUAACACAAAGUGACACCUCCAGAGCACGUUUUGAGAUUUCCAGGACCUUCCUACUGCACCUGGACAAUUCAGUCUCCGGCAAAGAUUUCGCUCUGCGUUUGGUCAAUCUGGACAAGUUGCGCGUGGUGCCGCUUGCUGUGAACUUGGCCAGUAUAGACCCCCGUAGCGGCUCCGAGCGGGAACGUGAUCCAAUAAUCCUCGAUGUCGGAGUCGGCGAGGCCAGAUGCUGCGGAGAAUACUUUCGGAUGGUAUCACGCUUCCAUCUCAAGAUCAAAGAAAAGCUCAUCGUUGAGCCGAGAACGAGGAAGCCGUUCGAGCAUGGGCACUCGGAAGAGCUCGAGCAGGUAGCGGCAGGCGAACGUCUACGUGAGCUCUUGGCCGACGGUGACCCGCUGGUCCUUCUGGUAUACAAUAGAAGCAGAACAUUGAGCAUCCUCCGGGCGCUCGGGAUCGAUCACUUUGAUGGCAAGGUUUACAAUAUGGAGGACUUGUACUCGCCGGAAUCCGAGCGCUCUACCUUUGCCCCUCGCAAGCCAAGAUCGCGCUCUCCGCAGCGACGAGCUUCCGCGCACUACGCCGAUCAAUUGUCUUUGGACAGGAAGCGUGAUUACGAUGACAGGCAAAUGGGCCGUAAGGAUUUUGCUGAUGACCGUGGCCGAACUGCACCUCCCAAGGACGCUGCUGAUGCGCGUCCGAUCAGCCGACAGGUAUACAUCCUGGAUAUUCAGGAAAUGUAUAACACCAUGCUGUCGAGCAGCGACAUUCACUCUUUGUCACAAGUCGCACUCGAACUUGGCGUUAUCGACACUGAUCCAGGCGGAAUCUGCGCCGGGAACGAGGUUCAGUGGCUGCUGGAUAUGUGGAUAUCGAUGUCCAAAGGGGGAUCCAUUCUUCAGCAGCGUGAGGCAAGGGAGAGUGAGCGCCUGCAGAAGCAAUGGCAGACACAACAGGCGAAAGCGGAGGCAUCAACGCCUACUCCCAUCAAGCAGGAGCAGCCGAUCUCCGGAGAAGACAGUGAUGAAGACCUUGUAAGCGAUCCGAACGAUGCUCUUGUUGAAGCAGCAGGCGGGACGACAAACAUCACAUUGGGCAAAGGAAGGAAUCCCUACGACGAGAACGAUGACGAGAACGAUGAUUCUGAAACCGAGGAUUACGUCCCAUACAUCCAAGCGAGGGCUGCAAGAUGA